GGUUGCUCGGUGGUAUUUGGCUGGCAUUUGGCAAACAACCGCGCACUCAUUCAGUCAGAAUCUACAGAAAACGCACCGAGUGAGUGAAACGUAGCGAGUGUUGGUGAGAUACUUUUUCCUGCUAGUGCCAAGAAAAAUCGAUUUCAGUUAACGCUUCGAUCGGAACGCCACCUCAACGACCUAAGCGAUUCUUUCUGGACCAAAAGAAGAAUCGACCAAUCGAAUAUGGCGUUUCGAUUAGUGACGCCAUUAGGGUUGGGCUUGGUGGCCCUGCUUCUAUCCUCCUGUGCCCUUCCUUCCUGCGCCGUCGUCAAUAAUGCCAGCCAGGAUGCCGAGCGUCGUGAGGCACCACUUGUCGCCGAUUCGUACGGACCACCUUCUGCCUCGGGACUAGAGCUACCGGCACCGGUCUACGGUGCUCCAGCUGCAGCUCAUUAUCCUCCACCACCACCGGACGUACCACCACCACCGCCAUCGGCACCAUCCGCCAUUCCAAUUCCCCACAAGGAGUACGGUGUUCCAGUGCAGAGUUAUGGACCACCGAACAACGUCAACAUCGAGUACGGACCUCCAGCCCUACCACCGGCACCGAUACACAAACCAAUCUACCACCAUAAACCGCAAUAUCAUGGACCACCGCCUGGCCAUCCGAAGAAAUCGGCCUCGUUCUUGGAGCAACUGUUUUCGACGUUCGGAUUCGGUGGUGGCAGUAGCGAUGAAGGUCGCCAUGGACCACCGCCACACUCAUACCACGCACCGAAACCCGUGUAUGGGCCACCGGCCCAUAUCGCUCCAUCUUAUGGUCCUCCGGCACCGGCACCGGCUCCGAUCGCACCACCGAAGCCUUUCUAUGGACCGCCAGCGCCCCAGUAUGGACCACCGCUGGCAGCUCCAGCACCGCGUCCCAUUUAUGCCGCACCACCAAAGCCCUCGUACGGUCCGCCGGCACCACUGGUGCAUUCUGGGUUCUCGGGCCAAUCGGGUCAUUCCUUCAAUCACCAUCACCACCAUCCACCGGGAGCUCAUUCGCCUGUCCACGCUCCACCGACACCGCCGGAGAUCAAGUGUGAUGGAUGGAAGCCCAUCGCUGGGCCGGUCGUUCAACCGGAAGUCCACGCACCGGAGUCUUCCUAUGGUCCACCGCCGAGUGGUGACUUCCUGGGCCACCAGCAGCAGCAGCAGCAGCAGCAGCAGCAGCAGCAGGGGCACGUCAGUACCAUCGAAGCGUCGGCCGACAUUGGCCUUCAGCUGCCCAAGUUGGAGCACGGUCCCGUCUUCAAUUCGCAUCUGGAGUCACUGAGCGCUCCACCGGCCGGUCUGGAACUACCGAAGGAGAAUAGCUAUGAGAUUCACUCGAAUGCCAUCUCCGAUAGUUAUGCCGCACCGCCAAGUGAUUCGUUUGCUCCCGGUAACACGUUCAAGCCAUCGUUCACCAAGCCCUUGCCACCGCCGUUGGUACAGGCACCGCCCAGGCCGCACUACGGACCACCGCCGGCACACCACUUUGGACCAGCCCCAUCGUCAGUGCGUCAUCCGGGGUUGGGCAUCUCGCACGGUAGCAUCAGUGGUAACUUGAAGCCGUGGCCAGUCCCGGGCUCACCACCACGCCAUCCGAUCGCCUACCGUCCACCGGUGCCGCAGGGACUCAUCGAAUCCAUCGGUCACGCCGUCGAGCAUGAGGAGAACUUUGGCACCAAGCCCGCCUACUCCGGUGACAUUUACCUUCCGCCACCGACACGCGAUGCGACGCACGGUGGAAGCCUCGAGUUGAACUCGCUCCCAUCCGAGCAACCGGCGAAACCCUUCCUGACGCAACACCAACUGCCCGAAGCGCACGCGUUGGUGCAAGAGCCACGAUACCAAUCGCAUACCAACGAUAUUGUCUCCGUCGCUAACGAUUGUGGCCAUGGGCCAACGUCGGUUGACGUGCAGCCCUCGAUCCAAACGAAUCAACUCUCAAUUGUUGGUCCAUCCGCCACCGGCAGUUACACGGCCGAUUACAGUAACAGCAUCGACGGCCAUUACUCGGCCUCCGCCUCCGAGAGCAACGCACAAACGUCCAACCUUCCGGGGCUCGAUGCCGGCAUCGGGGGCUUACAGCUCAUUUCUGCCCAAAAGUCCCAGAGUCUGACGAUUCCGGUCCAUGGGCAGCGUGGCUCUUAUCAACUGCAGUUCCAGGGUUCCGGUUCGGCACCGCACGAACAAAUUCUCUCCGAAGGGCUCCUCCAAUCCAUACUUAGUGCAAUCGAACAACCGCAAGCCGCAAACGGACAGCACCAGCAGCAGGACGCGUACGAUCCCAACAUUGAUCACAGUGAAGUGUCCGUGUUCCUCAAGAGCCCCGAGGGUCAGAAGACGCUCCAGGACCAUCCGAAUGGUCACACGGGACACACGCUGUAGGACGGAGGAGCACAACAGCCGUCGCCAACACGUCAAUUAGUAGUCCAAAUGCCGUUUCAAAGAUCAUUCCCACUUUUUAUUUAUUUCAUGCCUUUCCUCCCAUGCCCCUCCCUGGGGUCUCCCAAUUGAAACCAUGAUUGAUGGAGUGAUGCCCACACACGCGAGCACACACUGCCAUCCUCCGAGCUGCUCGUCCUCCUACAACGGCCAUCAUUCAUUCUUCUGUUUCUUGGCGUUAGCAUAAAGUAGCAUAACCUCCUCCAGCACGGGUGGCCGUAUAAUCGGUGUGGCGGGUGUCGACACACCGGCUGCACGAUUGAAAGCAACGCCAAUAGUGACUAAUAGAGAGACCGCGACCGGAGUGUUGAGAAGCUCCAAUGAUGAGCCAAGCAGCCAGGGGGAAGUCAUGUUGCAAUAGGAGAUUCGCUUCGUAGUUAAGUAUUUAAUUAUUUCAUCCCAACCGUUAUGACAGUGCGGUCCAUCGCGGUUGUUAAUAGUCGGUAUGACCGGUGACCGGUGAGAGUGUGUAUGAGUGUGUAUAAGUAUGUAUGCUGCGUGUGAUUGAAUGUUAACUGACGCUCGCUUAGCUAGGUGGAAGGAAGCUGCCAUCGGUUUUGCGGCAAAAGGAAAAUGGUUUCAAAAUCGGGAAAGGGUGUGUCUGUCUGUUUGUGCCCGUUUACACAUCCUUUCUCGAAGAAGAAGCAAGCAGAAAGCGCUUCUGCUGGAGUAUUUAAGCCCAUGGU